AUGAACGGAGCUAUCGAGAGCGACAUUAAAGAGCUCUUCACCCGCAUCCCCACAUGGCUACCAGCGUUCCCUUCCCUCAACGCGGCCCGAGACUACGUUGCCGGUUACUCGCGCUGCAUCCAUUUCUCAUACACAUACUGGCCUGAGAUCGAACCAUUUCGCUUCCGGAAGAUCGUCAACUUCAGCACGGCAAAGCUGGCGUUUAAGCGGGGAAAGUUUAAGAUCUGGGAAGGAUAUGAGGAAGAAGAGGAGUCUGAUGAUACGGAUGAGACUGCCGUUGACAGCACUCAGGUCAAGAAGACGGAGAGUGAGGUCUCUACACUGGCGUAUCGGAUCCGUUCCACCGGGUCUACUGUGGCCCCGCCUGUCGAGACACCCGUCUUUUCUACUGCCACCGCCUUCGGAGACGCUAUCGACUCCAUCAACACGGCGAUUGCGGAUACUCCUGCUGGCGAUGUGCCAGACUUGCUGCUAGAGGAGAUUCCUGGGUGCGUUAGCAUUGUACAAGACGAAAGCCAGGAGCCCGCCAUGCCAUCCCAGGUGGCUAUCAUGCCUGUUUCGGUUGAGCUUGAUGAGGAUCCGUUUAAAGUAAGUGUUUCUUGGUAUCAUUCUGGACAACUGCUAAUCAUUUUUACUAAAGGACCUUAUCGCUGUCUUGAAGCGUGA